UGUUAGGGGAGCUGAAUGAUUUGAAUCAACAUCUGUUCUCUGACACGGCGAAUUGCUGAGCUUUGAUCUGUUUAGAGGCUCGAAGUUCCUGGGAGAGAAUUGAUCUGUUUCUGACACCAUCUCUCUCUCUCUCAAAGACUGGCGUGAACCUGCUCCGUGUGUCACUCUCUGUAAUGUUGAAAGCAGAGCCAGUGAAGGCAGGUUUAACGCCGGCUGUGGGGCACGAAGGGACUCUUGUUAAAACUUCACUGGAGCGGACCCAGGUCAGAGAGAAGAUUCUCGCUCGCUGUCAUUUCAAAUGGGGCUAGAUUUGGGUCGAAAUAGACUGCAGGUGAACUAAACGUUUCCGCAGAAAAGUGAAACACUUCGAGCAGCCAGAGACCAAAAGAUUGUUAUGAGGUUUCUGGAAAAUUAAGCCAUAAAUGAUUUCCGACAGACAAAGAUGACUCCAACUGGAGGUUGUACAAACAGAGCAUCCCCACGUUUUCUCCCGCGAGGAAUGAUGAAUAAGCAAAUCCUGCCUGAUCGCAAGCUGGCAUCUGUUGCUCCCAUGAAGGAGUACAACAGCGUGGAGGCGAAGGACACGGAGUUGGUGUUGGUGAAGGAGCACAAUGGGCUGCAGUACACCAACACUACCAUCAUCAGCACCGCGCCCCCCUUCACCGCCGCUGAGCCUGACAGGGAGACCUGGGGCAAGAAGAUCGACUUCCUACUCUCUGUCAUCGGCUUUGCCGUGGACCUGGCCAACGUGUGGAGGUUCCCUUUUCUCUGUUACAAGAACGGAGGUGGUGCGUUUCUUAUCCCCUACUUGUUUUUCCUGCUGAUCGCCGGGAUGCCUUUAUUUUACAUGGAGCUAGCAUUGGGCCAGUACAACCGAGAGGGUGCAGCUACUGUCUGGAAAAUCUGCCCCAUCUUCAAAGGUGUGGGCUACGCUGUGAUUCUUAUAGCCCUAUACGUUGGCUUCUACUAUAACGUCAUUAUAGCCUGGUCCCUGUACUAUCUCUUCUCUUCAUUUACAUCUGACCUUCCAUGGGUUCAUUGCAAUAAUCAUUGGAACAGUCGCAACUGUACUGACCCAAAGCUACUCAAUGCCUCAGUCCUGGGAAAUGGAAGCAAAUAUUCCAAAUAUAAAAUUACACCAGCUGCGGAGUAUUAUGAGCGUGGAGUUCUCCAUCUUCAUGAAAGUGCUGGAAUUCAUAAUUUGGGAUUACCAAGAUGGCAACUUUCCCUUUGCUUGCUUGGCGUGGUGAUCAUUCUCUACUUCAGUCUCUGGAAGGGGGUAAAGACAUCAGGAAAGGUGGUAUGGAUCACAGCGACCAUGCCUUAUAUGGUGUUACUUGUACUGCUAAUCCAUGGGAUCACAUUACCAGGUGCAUUGGAUGGAAUCAAGGCAUACCUCAGCAUUGACUUUGAGCGCCUGAAAGAAGCACAGGUCUGGAUCGAUGCAGCAACUCAGAUCUUUUAUUCCCUUGGUGCUGGAUUUGGAGUUAUAAUUGCAUUUUCCAGUUAUAACAAAUUUGAUAACAACUGCUAUCGCGAUGCUAUUCUUACCAGCUCCAUCAACUGUGUGACAAGCUUCUUCUCAGGAUUUGCAAUUUUCUCUGUGUUGGGCUAUAUGGCAUUCAAGCACGGAGUUGAUAUUUCAGAAGUGGCAACAGAUGGUCCAGGCUUAGUGUUUGUUAUUUAUCCUGAAGCAAUCUCCACUCUCCCAGGGUCAACAUUUUGGGCAAUUAUGUUCUUCAUAAUGCUGCUGACAUUGGGAAUUGACAGCUCAAUGGGUGGUAUGGAAGCUGUUGUCACUGGAAUUACAGAUGAUUUUAAGUCAUUGAAGAAUCACCGAAAGCUCUUCACAUUUGUAACAGCUGGUGGAACUUUCCUGGUUGCCCUCUUCUGCAUCACCAAUGGUGGAAUCUAUGUGCUGACGUUACUCGAUCAAUUUGCCGCAGGGACAGCAAUCCUAUUUGGGGUAUUAAUAGAAGCCAUUGGUGUAUCUUGGUUUUAUGGAGUUGACAGAUUCAGUGAAGAUAUCAGGCGAAUGACCGGCUUCAAACCAGGUCUCUACUGGAGGCUCUGCUGGAAGUUUGUUAGCCCAGCCUUUUUACUGUUUGUAGUGAUUGUCAGUAUUGUGAAGUUCAAGCCUUUAACCUAUGAUGGAUAUGUCUUUCCAAACUGGGCUAACCUUGUUGGAUGGGGUAUCGCUGUGUCUUCAAUGUCGCUAGUACCAAUCUACGCCAUCUACAAACUCUUUACUGUCCGUGGCACCUUAAAGGAGAGAAUAGCAUAUUGCAUCAUCCCUGAAAAUGAACAUUAUCUUGUGGAGCAAGGAAAAGUGCAGCAGUUUAAGCUCAAGCACUGGCUUGCAAUAUGAAAACUUUCAGCAGGACUGCAACUCACGAUGAGAUGCAAUGGAAAUCAACUACUGGGCCCAGAACGCCUUUCCUAUUAGAGUUUCAGAAAAAUCAAAUUCUAUUAAUGCU